CUUCCGGACGAGGAAAGGGGAGGCCGAUGCGAAGAGGCGAAGACAAUAAAAUGACAUCAGAGACUGACUCCGGAUUGCUGCUUCUUGGUGGUGGAGAGGAAAGAAUAAUCAUGCAAACAUCUCAGGACCUGGUGUCCUUUGAUGAGGUAGCAAUGUACUUCACCCAGCGCGAAUGGGAUCGCCUGAAUCUAGACCAACGAGCCCUGUACAAGGAGGUCAUGCUGGAGAACUUUAGUAUGGUGUCUUCUCUGGAAAUUUCCAAACCAGUCCUCAUCACACAGCUGGAAGAGGGAAAAGAACCAUUUGUUGGAGCGUCUGAAGAAGGCAACUUGAUGGCAACACAGGCAGGCUCUGGACCAUCUCCUCUUUAUGGUCAAGUGGAAAGAGAUGCCAUUAAGCCACUUCGGCAGCUGGUGUCCUUUGAGGAGGUAGCUGUCUGUUUCACCAAAGGAGAGUGGGCUCUCUUAGAACCAGCAGAAAAAGUUUUAUACAAGGAGGUCAUGCUGGCAAACUAUGGGGUGGUAGCUUCUCUGGGUAAGGACACUUUCCCCUUGAUUGACAUAAACUAAAAUGUGAUCCAGAAAAGACAAAAAUAUGAUCUCAUAAAUAUAUUCUUAGAACUGCAGAGCUGGAAGGGACUCUGUGGAUCAGCAAGUCCAACCCCUAUCAAGGGAGGAACAAUCAGGAAUUGAACUCCCAACUUCUGGCUUUGCAGCCAAAGACCUAAACUACUAAGCUAUCCAGCAGUUCUAUCCAAAGCACUAUAAAGUGUUGGUUCCCUGUGUAGAUUAAUCUGUUAUCUACCCCCUCCCACUACUAUAAACUGCCUUGGAUCUUUUUAAAGAGUAAGGCAGCAUAUACCGUAUUUUUUGUUUAUAAGACAAC